ACUGACUCCUUGCUCCUUUUCUGGGUCUGAUGUUUCGCUGUCUCAGUUGUCGAUGUCUCACCCACGCACACGACGGCAAGGUGUGCACCAUGCAUGUGCCCGCCAAACAAGGUAUUGUAGCUAACUAUGUAUCCCAUGUGCAAAUCCACCGCAAAUCUACUACAAAUCCGUCGCGACAGGUACGUUGUUGCCCCCUGAAGUUUCUCAGUUUCUCAGCUUCGAUACUUCUCUUCUUCGCUUCCACCCCAUUUCUUGUCGUCCCUUCGUCCCUGUCUCAUCUCAUUCUACCAUCUGAUAUACGGCUGUGCCCUGGUAUAUCUCGCCGAAACCAUCAUGGUCACUCUUCCCUGCUCCCUACCCCUUCCCUGUCCUUGGUAUCCCACGCCGCUACAGCAGUCCCGCGGACCACCCGCUGCUGCCAACUGCCGCUGACCAACCCCUCAAUCAUCCCCCUCAAACUCCUUCAGCCCCUCCAAUACCCCCCUUCCCUAGCAUCCAAGCAAGCAUGCUUUCAUGCAGCCAUCCCGCAUCCACUAUACCCGACCCUGUUACCUAACUGGGGCAUAUCACAUAUACUUACCUGCCUACCCUACCGCCGAUCUACUCCCACGAACAUCACCCUCCCUUUCGCUACUGUCGUCCCUCCUUCUUCAAUCGUAAUCGCUUCUCCUGCACGCCACGCCUCCGUCCCAGAAGACUAAAACCUUCUGUUCUUCCGGCCUUCCACUCUCAGUAUCAUGUCUCGGAUGGUAUCAUGGGGAUUAUGGAGCCACGGGCAUGCCGGAGCUCGGCAGUGCGUGACCCCUGCCACGAGACGUUGGCAGACCACUCUUGGCACCCUCAGCAUCCCUCAUCACCCCUUGACGCUUCUCCACCCGUCCCCUGAUACCAUUAGCCGCUGCACAGGGAUCCCUAUGUUUCUUAAUUGGGAAAUCGCACCUCCGCAAGCAUCAAGCUCGGACUGCCCGCCGACCGCACCGCCUCCUGAUCGGCAUCGGUGAUCUUCAAUCAUCAACCCAUCAUAGGGCAAUCACAGGCCUAUAAGCUCGCCGGCCGUGCUUGUAGCUUCCUUCUCGGGGCUUCUCUAUUCUUCCUCGACGAACCAUCCCACCAUCAUGCCCUCCUCAUCCCCCCGCAUCACACCCCUUCUCACCCCUCUCAUCUGCCCUCUAUCUAUCUGACCGAAUCAACUUCCCAAUCAAGAAGCCCGCUCCCCAUAUCCUCCGCUGCCGGCGUCUGGCCAAGCUUGACCACGCCGCCAGAUCGACAUGACUUACCCUCGGGGCAUGUCGCCAUCGCGAUACGCACAUCACGUCCAUCACGGAACUACAUCCGAAUAGGCAGUUGUCACUUCGCCUCCCUUAAUGGUUCACCGUCCUUAGCUCCCGUGAGCCCAAUCUCGCAAGAUCAGGUCCUGGCCCGUUCCUGGCGAACCUUCUAUAAAGCUCAGCGGAUAUCCCGCCUCCAGUCUCACUAUUAUCCUCAUCCACAUCUCCUCACCAUCACAUCACCAGUCCUCCACCGAACAUCAUGAAGUUCUCCCAGAGUCUCAUUGCCCUUGCGGCCUGCUUCCUGCCCCUCAUUGCUGCUGCCCCCGUCGAGGCACAGAACGCCAAGAUUCGCAGCCCCGGAGCCCAGGCUAUCAUCCCAGACAGCUACAUUGUUGUCUUCAACAAGGGUGUCAAUGAUGCCGACAUCGAGUCCGAGUUCGCUUCCGUCAGCCGCAUCCUGAGCAAGCGCAGCUCUGCCCACAGGGGUGUUGGCCACAAGUACAGCAUCACUGGCUUCAAGGGCUACCAGAUCGAGACCGACACCGCCAGCAUCGGUGAGAUCGCCGCGUCACCUCUGGUCGCAUGGAUUGAGAAGGAUGGAAAGGUCCAAGCCAACGCCCUCGAGACCCGCUCUGGUGCUACCUGGGGUCUUGGCCGCAUCUCCCACAAGGCGGCUGGCUCUAACAGCUACAUCUACGAUAGCUCCGCUGGCUCGGGAUCCACCGUCUACGUCGUUGACACCGGAAUCUACAUUGAGCACUCGGAGUUCGAGGGCCGCGCCAAAUGGGGCGCUAACUACAUUUCGGGCUCCCCGGAUACUGAUGAGAACGGACACGGCACCCACUGUGCCGGCACCAUCGCUGGCGCCACUUACGGUGUUGCCAGCAAGGCGAACCUUGUCGCCGUCAAGGUCCUCGACGCUGACGGAUCCGGUUCCAACUCUGGCGUCAUUGCCGGCAUCAACUUCGUUGGCCAGAACGGCGGUGAUGGCAAGUCUGUCCUCUCCAUGUCGCUCGGCGGCUCCUACUCCGCUGCCCUCAACUCUGCCGUCGAAUCCACCAUCUCCAACGGCGUCACCGUUGUCGUCGCUGCCGGUAACGACGAUGCCGAUGCUUCCAACUACUCCCCCGCCUCUGCCAAGAACGCCAUCACCGUCGGUGCCAUCGAUAACACCGACACCCGCGCCGACUUCUCCAACUACGGCGCUGUCCUUGACGUUUUCGCCCCAGGUGUUGACGUGAAGUCCGCAUGGAUCGGCAGCAAGUCCGCCACCAACACCAUCUCCGGAACCUCCAUGGCCACCCCCCACGUUGCCGGUCUCGCCGCCUACCUCAUCGGUCUUGGAGGACUUAGCUCCCCAUCCGCUGUCGCCGCUAAGAUCGCGUCCAUCGGUGUUCAGGGCUCUGUCAAGGACCCCAAGGGUAGCAUCAACCUCAUUGCUUACAACGGCAACGGUGCUUAAAAUUUCUCGCUUUUUGACGAGAGGUGGAGGGAUGAGGAUUUAUGGAUCAUGAAUUUAUGGGAGGGAAGGGGACGUAUCUUCUGAACUAUAUAUUGAUUAGGGAGGAUUGUUUGGAUAGCUUAGCUAGCUAGUUGGUGGGGG